CAGCUAGACCACCUUCAUUUGAUUUUUUUUUUCAUUAAUUCCCUUGAGAUUCUCGACUUUUUAUUGUUCCAUAUGAAUUUUGUUGUUAUUUUUUCUAGAUCAUUAAAAUAUUUUCUUGGAAGUCUGAUUGGUAUAGCACUAAAUAAAUAGAUUAGUUUAGGGAGUAUUGUCAUCUUUAUUAUAUUCGCUCAGCCUAUCCAAGAGCACUUAAUAUUUUUCCAAUUAUUUAAGUCUGACUUUAUUUGUGUGGAAACUUUUUUGUAAUUUUGCUCAAAUAAUUCCUGACUUUCCUUUGGUAGGUAGAUUCCCAAAUAUUUUAUGCUAUCAACAGUUAUUUUGAAUGGAAUUUCUCUUUGUAUCUCUUGGAUUUUGUUGGUGGUGUAUAAAAAUGCUGAGGAUUUAUGGGGAUUUAUUUUGUAUCCUGCUACUUUGCUAAAAUUAUGAAUUAUUUCUAAUAGCUUUUUAGUAGAAUCUCUGGGGUUCUCUAGGUAUACCAUCAUAUCAUCUGCAAAGAGUGAUAGUUUGGUUUCAAGCUCACCCAUUUUAUAGAUAAGGAAACUGAGGCCAAGGAUGUGGAGUGACCUGACCAAUUUGGCACAGGUAGUAAUAGAGCUAGUUGGAAUUUGAACUCAAGUUCUGUGAUUCAGAUUCACCAUUCCUUCUACAUCCAUUUUUUGUUUCUUCGUGCUUUUCCUAGUACCCAGUGCUACCAUGGGGCCCAUGAACUUCAAUUCCCCUAGUCCUGGAUCUUCUAUUAUAGUCUUCCACAAGUCUGUUCUCUUUGUUACCCUAGAAAUAGGGCAGGAUUGGAGGUAAGAAGACUGGUUCAAAUCCCAGCUUUAUGACUUAUCACAGUUUCUGUAAGAUCUGGACUAACUUAUUUCUAUGAGCCCUAUUUUCUCAUCUGUAAAGAGACAGGGAGAGUAGGUAAUCUUGCAGGUCCCCUCCAUCCCAUGCUUCUGUCUGGCUUGGAGUAAGUCACUUCCUUCCAUUUUUUAUGUGCAAGGCAAUUGGGGUUAAGUGACGAUGUCUAGGAUAAUUAUUAAAUGUCAAGUAGGCUGAAUUUGAAUUCAGGUCCUUGACUCCAGAGCUAAUGCUCGAUCCACUGUACUAUUAAUUUCCGUUUCUUUAUGUUUAAUAUGAGGGCUGUUGGAUUAAAUGGCCUUGGAGGACUCUUCCAUCCUUAGGUUUGCACUCCACUUAUUCCCCUGAGAUGUUAAUGACUUAUCCAGUAGAAGUGGGGUAGUCAGCCUGGCUGGUGACUAGACUUCUGGGCUGCGCAUCUUAAUUUGGGAGUGAGGAGGCAUGGAUCGGCAUCUUGGCUCAGACACUCACUUUGGGAUCCUAGUCAAAUAACUAAACCUUUCAGAGCCAUUGUGAGCCAAGUGAUACCUACAUGGCAUUAUCAAUCAAGUGUUCCCCUGAUACUGGUGGUUGCAGUUCAAAAAAUAGGUCUAGAGAAUUUUUAUUGUCAUUUUUUAUUAUUAAACCAAUUCUUUAACCCAGAAAGAUGAUUCAUUGGCUAUCAUCAUAAUUGUGAAGAGAUUUCAGAGGCCAUGGAAGGACAAUGAGUGGAACAUUGUGUGAUGGGGCAGAAGUCCCAAUGAUAUAAACUGAGAUCUUUUGGGGAAAAAUGAUAUAAUUGUGUUCCCUUUAACCUUUUGGGAGGGGCCCUGAUACUGCAUUCCCCUUUUGGGGGAUGAGUGUUCCUAAGCUUCAAAAAAUGGGUUUAUUUAUACUAAGAAGACAACUUAAUAAGAAGACAGCUUUCUUAGUGGGCAAGGUCCUGUCAAGACUAUUUUAAAGAUUUGGGGUUCAGAAUUAUCUUUUAUCAGCCUUCUGAGGCCUUAUCGAGGUUUUCCCAGGCCAAACUGGGAGCAGUUUGAGGGACUAAUCCCCAAUUGAAUAGAAGGUGGUGGUUAUGCCCCUGGCCAAGAUCUCUAAUUGAAUAAGACCACUUAACUUGGGAAAGGUGUCUGGGAAAGAGGUUUGGGGCUCAGGAACACCCUUCCCCCAAAAAGGGGAAUGCAGUUUUAGGUACCCCCAAGGUUAAAGGGGACACAAUUUGCACCAUUUUUCCCCAAAAGAUUUAUUUACAUCAUUAGUACUUUUUACCUCAACCACUAAUUAAUCAGCAGGCAUUUAUGAAGGCACUGGGAUGCAGAUACAAAAAUUCCCUAUGUAUGAGUUUUCAUUCUUGAAGGAACUUGCUUAUAUAAGGGAUGUUUACUCAUUAUUCUCAUUCACCUACCUAAUGCAUCCAAUCAGGAUGGAAUACCUUGAUUUUUCUGUUUUUACAGUUCCUCUAGAAGAUUCCUUUCCUCUCUUCACACAGCCAUCUCUAGUUCAGACCCUCAUCACUUAUCACUUCAUUCAGUGCAGUGACUUCCCCACUGCACUGACACUUUUAGGGAUUUCCUCCUUCCGGUCCAUCUUCCCCACAGCUGCCAAAGGGAUAACCACAUCAUCCCCACUUCAACAUACUCCAGUGACUCCUCUUUGGUUGACUCUGGGACUCAGCAGAAACUUUAUUUGCCAUUUUGCAUUCUUCACAACCUGGCCUUCUCUAUCUUUUCAGCCUUCUUACACAUCUCCCAUCCCCACCCCGAUGUCCAAGUCUGCAAUCCCUCCAUACCCGCCCAACUUGUUUUUCAAACCAAUCCUUCACCUUCCUUUUCCAUGACUAUGUAUUGGCUUUCUCCUAGACCGUCUCUUAGAUUCCCUAGCUGUCUUCAAUUUGCUUGAAAUGUAACUUUCCUCCUUUAAGUCAUGUUUUAUCUACUCUGGAUAUAUCAUGUUUAUACUAAUGUAUACAUAUGAUGAUUCUCCCAUAAGAAUAUAGUCUUUGGACAUGGUAAUAACCUUUUCUUUUUCUAAGUAUCCUCAGUGUUUAGCACAGUGUCUGGCACAUAAUAAGAACUUAGGUGCUUCUUGUUCGAUUGAUUGAACCCAGCCCUGGACGAGAAACAUGGCUCUGAUGUGCAACAGGUCAAAGCAGUUUCCAAAUGCCAAGAGGACUAAUUUUCACUCUCACUCACAUUAAUUGGUAUAUUGGAAAGAACAUCAUAGUAGGAUUCAAGAGUCCCAGGAAAAGGCUUUGAAAUUUACUUAUUAGUUGUGUAACUGAACAAAUCACUCUACCGUUCUUGAACCUCCUUAUCCUCAUCAGUCAAAUAGACAAUCAUAAUAUACACGCAACACACUGGACAACAGGAUUGUUGUGAGGAAAGUCAAACUUUCACUGUAUGAAUUCAGCAAUUAUUUUAAUCAUGUAUGUCACCCUGAGGUUAUAUUGAAUAGGAUGAGAUAGUUUAGAAUUGGUCAUCUUAUAUAAGCUUUCAUUAUAUGAAUGAAUUCUUGGCUCUUUUCUCUAUAACAAAAAUCCCUAACUUGGGGUCAGUGAACUUUGCUUUUUAAAACAUAUUUUAAUAAAUGUAUUUCAAGAUAAUUACAAUCCUAUAUGUUUUAUUUAUUGCAUUUAAAACCUAUUGUGAGUAGUCUCUAGGUUUCAGUAGACACAAAUAAAUGGUCUACGACACAAACAACAUUAAGUAUCCUUGUCUUAUACCAACUUCUUGUUCUCAUCAGCUCCCAUGAGUUCAACUCUCAUCUCUAAAUGGAUGAAUCUCAGAUCUAUUUUCCUAAGUCCAGAGUCUCUUCUGAGAGCCCUGCGUCACAAACUGAUUAAUGGGCAUCUGCAACUGGAUCUCCCUACAGUAUAUCAAACUCCCUACAGUAUAUCAAAAUCAAGCUCAUUUUCUCCCCAGACCCAAACCCUCUCUUCCUCCUCACUUUCUGCUCUAUAAGGAUCUCACAACUUUUCUGCUUACUCAGAGUGCACCACCUCGGAGCUCUUUAUCCUUCAUCCUUCAUAUUCAAUCAGUUGUCACAUUUUGUUGAUCCUUUUUCCAUAAUACUUCUCCAUUCACACAGCCACUACUUCACUUGGGUCCCUAUGCUCUCAUCACCUCUCACCUGGACAGCAUCCUCUUAAUUAGCCAUCUUGAAUCAGGUUCCUCUCCUUGGCAAAUUGUCCUCUGUGGGUUCCAAUUAAUAUUCCUAAAGUACAGAAGUCAAUCCUCGGCUCAAGAAGUUCAAAUAACGCCCUCUUUAUCGAACUUGAGUUUAAAAUCCCUCCACUGCCUAGCUUUGGCUUUCCUGUCUAGAACUCAUUACUGUUAUUCUCUCUCAGAGAUGAGAGCCAAAACGUCCUACUUCUCCUACAGACACUGUACCUUAUUUCUGUACUUCCCUGUCCCUCCCUUCGGUUCCUUCUUCGCUCCUCUCUCCCUCACCCUCAUGGAAUCCCCGGACUCAGGUGCCAUCCUCUAUAGGAAGCCAGUUUUGAUCUCUCCCAGAAAUUAUUUUGUAUCCAGAGUUGUUUGUUUCUUUCUUUCUAGCUAUCCAUCCAAUUCAGGCUCUUUGAGGUCAGCCUCUUUCCUUAUUUGUCUUCUUGUACCAGUGGCUGCCAUAAUGUUUGGCAUUAGGUACUUAAUAGUCAUUGGAGAAAUAAGGAAACUGAGAAGCCAGUCGGGAAGUGACUUGCCCAAAACCACACAGGUGGUCCCUGGAUUUCAGACCCAACCCUUCUGAUGAUGUCUAUGGUGCCGCUUGUCACCUAGUACAAACUUUGGUUCCACAGAUAAGAAAAUCGGGAACUGGAGAGAGUAGCUCGGUCUGCACAUAGGCUGUCUCCUUUCCCCUUCCCUCCCACCCCCCACGAGAUACUGAAGGAGAAAAAAUAGAUUCAUGCUAAAAAAAAUUUAUAACCUUGAUUAUAGGCGGGCCAGUAAGGUUUAUCCAAACCAGAUGGCGGAGGGAGGGCGGGGGCGGCGUGGCGUCCUGCUCUUGGGACGGAACACGCAGAGUGGAGGUCUCUUCCCCGGCCAGGUGAAAGAAAGGGCAGCGGAGGUCAGGUGUGCCCGAGCCCUUCAGGUUGGCUUUGUGCAGGCCGGAGCUGGGGCUGAGACAGAGGGUGCAGGCCCCCCUCUCCCCUCCCCAGCCCAGCAGAGCUGCCGCUUUCGGGAGUUUGAGUAGACCCCGAGGUUGGGGUGGCCGGCCAGGCUUUCAGCCUUUUCCCAGGGGACUUCAGGCUUGGCCCAUCUCCUCCCCCAGGCAGGGAGUGUCCACGCUUGGGGGCUCCGGCCAGGAGGGAAAAUCCAGCCUCCAGGCCACUCCAUUUUUGGGCCUGCGGGGGCUGACGGUGACAUCAUUCCCAGCUGGCUUUCGGAGUCCUAGAUACUGUAUUGAUCUGAUUAUAGGCCCCUCAAAGAAAAAUGAGAUUUCAUUGCAAGAAAAGAAAAAAAAGCCCAAAAUGUUAUAUUGAAAAACACGCCGAUUAUAGAAAGUUUUCAACUUUUAUACAUGGUGUCUGGGAGGGGGAGGGAGUGAAGGGGAUGGGGUUGGGGAAGAGAAAAGUGCGCCCCAUACUCUGACUAAUAUGGUACUUCCCCCAGCCGUGGCAGCCCAGUCCCCCACCCCUUCCAGAGCCCCUGCUCUCCCCGCCCUCCCCGGGAGAGCCCGCCCGAGCCCGCCAGCAGCCCAGUUUCCUAGGUCAGCACCAGCCCGGCCCAGCCCAGCUCAGCCCAGCCCUCCCCAACGCGAUCCCUCCAUUCAUGUCUUGACUGCGGCGGGUCCGGGAUCGGCCCCCCACUUCCAGGACUCGGCCUGGCAGCCGAAGAUGCCGGCGGUUUCCCCAGCUCCAGCUCCUUCUCCCGACUCCCGGUAGACAAGGGGGUCGGACCCUGCGGGGUGCAGCUGGACUGAACCGCGCCUGGGCCCCGGGGGACCCUUCCGGGGAGCGGCUCGGGGCUGCUGCUGCUGCUUAGGAGAAGGAGGAGAGGGAGGCCCGGGCAGCCUGACUGGGUGUGGAUCCCGGCCUAGCCCAAGCCUCGCCUGGCCCAGAAGAUGCUGUGGCCAUGUGUCCUGGGCCCUGGAAUUGGAGUCUGGCUGCUGCUUAGCGUGACAGGUGCGGUGGAGAUCGUGGUCCCCGACGACCCGGUGGUGGCCAUGGUGGGCUUGGACGCCACCUUGCCUUGCUCCUUCCUGCCCGGGCCCAACUUCAGCCUGGCCCAGCUCAGCCUCAUCUGGCAGCUGACGGACACCAAGCGGCUGGUGCACAGCUUCAGCCGCGGCCAGGACCAGCUGGCCGACCAGGGCGGCUUCUACGCCAACCGCACCGCCCUCUUCUACGACCAGCUGGCGCGGGGCAACGUCUCCCUCCUGCUGCGCCGGGUGCGCAUCGCCGACGAGGGCAGCUUCACGUGCUUCGUGCAGGUCCAGCACUACGGCAGCGCCGCGGUCAGCCUGCAGGUGGCUGCACCCUAUUCCAAGCCCAGCAUGUCCCUGGAGCCCAGUAAGGACCUGAAGCCAGGAGACACAGUGACCAUCACCUGCUCCAGCUACGGUGGCUACCCAGAGGCUGAGGUGGUCUGGCGGGACGAUAUGGGGGCAGUUCUGACUGGCAACGUGACGACCUCCCAUCUGGCUAACUCUGAGGGGCUUUUUGAUGUGCUCAGUGUGCUGAGGGUCACAUUGGGGGCCAAUGGCACUUACAACUGCCUGGUGAGGAACACGGUGUUGCAAGAAGAGGCCUCCGGCUUUGUCAUCAUCACAGGUCAGGUGAUGACGUUCCCUCCCGAGGCCCUUUGGGUAACCGUGGGGCUUUCCGUCUGCCUCCUGGGGCUACUGGUGGCCCUCGCCUAUGUGUGCCGGAAGAAAAUAAAACAGAGCUGUGAGGAAGAGAAUGCUGGGGCUGAGGACCAGGAUGGGGACGGAGAAGGGUCCAAGACCGCUCUGCAGCCUCUGAAAAAUGUGGACAAUACAGAAGCAGAUGAAGGGCAAGAAAUCGCCUGACCCUGAAGGCUGGACGGUGUGUGGGGGGGAGGUGCAUCCCGAGGUCCUCCAGCCACGGACGCCCGCUCCGCCACUCACACUGCGGGGGGCUGGGCCCACCCUCUGCCUGAGAGCCUCGGGCUCCCCCGCGGACCCGCCACCCUGCUGCCUCUCUGCCCAGUGGGUACGAUACACACUCACCCCUGCUGCCUUACUUCUCUGGCGGACAGACAGACCAUCCACUGCCUUAUUUCUCCAGAAAUGAUACGUAGACCGCCCCGCUGUCUUAUUUCUCCGAUGGACACAAUAAUAAUAGCUCCUAUUCCUGUAAGUGUUCUAAGGUUUACAAAGUACUUUCUUCCCAACAAGCCCCAGGAGGCUGCGCAAAGAUCACCCCCAUUUUAGAGCCGAGAAGCCCGAGGUUCGGAGACAUCCUGCCGUCCACUCUCGUCCAGGGUCACAGAGACGCACUCGGCUGCCUUUUCCUCCGAGGGACCCCGUCCGCCGCCUGCCCCUGCCUCCCUCCUCUCCCGCCAAGCCCUGGUCGUUACCUCGUCCGCCCUUCAGAUGCGGACAGGGCUUUGGGAGCUUGCGCCCGGACCCCUCCCCUCCGUUCCCAGAGUCCUGCCCCACCCCGGGAGCUGCGUGCUGGUCACGCUGACUCUCUGGGAGCCCGGGCCGGGCAGGGCAGUGACCCCGGAGGAAGUGCAGCCUGAAUGUUGGGGUGAGCCGUGGGCCCGCCCUCCUGCCACCCCAACCCAUUCUGUGUACCCGGACCUCUGGCCUAACGCCCCGACAUUUUCUCAGUCUCCACACUCAUCCUCUACCUGACUUCCCCCUCGCCCCCACGCUUGAGCUCUGGUGCUGACCGGGAAACCAGCCAGGAAAGCUCCAAACCCUCUUCCCAAGUCGGCAGUGCCAGUCUCGGGCAGCAGGUGUCAGCCACGGGCCUUGAGCAGCAGCCAGGAGCCACACCUCUGGCCGCUCUCCGGCAGUGACGUCACCGGGGCAGCUUCUCCCUUGCCUGAAGGUCAGUGCCUUGUGCCCUGGCCGAGCAGAGAGCCAGCCUGUGGCAGCGCGGGCAUCUGGCCGGUCUGACUCUUCCUGUUUGCUUUAAGUACUCCGGGGUAGACUGGGGGUGGACAUUGCCCCGCUGUGGGGCUGGUGCUUCCCGGAGGAACAGCCACCAACAGGCGGCACUCCUCCGGCCUCAGGCUCCCUUUUCCCUCAAAGGUUUUGCCUUCUGCCCAGGGGCGGCCAGAGGCGAUGGUCUGCCCUUUUCUCCAGUUGGGCAGGAUGAGCCCCUGCUCAGGCCCAGCCCAGACAAGGGGAAGCAGGGGGUUUUCUAAUUUAAAUGCUGGAAUCUGGGACAUUUUGUACCUUGGUCAUGUGUUUUAGGAAAAAUAAAUGCUUUGUUUUUGUUGAAA